UCCAACCAAAUCUUUUAACCGAUAAACCCCCACGUCUUCCCAAAUUUAUUUUAUUCCCACCUUCCGUCCUUCUUCCCCCUAUAUAUACCCAGCCCGACCUUCCCGAUCUUGCAGUCUCAUCCAAAAAGUUCUCGGCUAAUAUUCUCAACACACGUUCAAUUUUCAGCUACUUCACUCGAAUCAACUCAUCACUCACAAUCAAAUCCUCCAUCCCACAAUGAAGUCCGAUUCGAUUUCGUCCCGCUCCGGCUCCAGCACCAGCUCUUCGCCGGAGAGAGAUCCCGGCACCAAGAGGGAAUCCGCGCUCGGGAGGCUGUGCCGCAAGCUGUCCCCGAGGAGGAGCGCCGACCGCCGCGCUCCCUCUGUUGAAAACAACGCCGGAGGCUGCGACCGCGGGAAGUCCGGCGAGGAGCUCCGGAGAGUGUUCGACUACUUCGACGAGAACGGGGACGGGAGGAUAUCCCCCGUGGAGCUGAGGAGCUGCGUGAGGAGCCUGGGCGGGGACCUGUCGAGCGAGGAGGCGGAGCUGGCGGUGCGGUCGUCGGACCUCGACGGGGACGGGAUGCUGGGGUUCGAGGAGUUCGAGAGCCUGGUGGAGAGCGGCGGGGAGGAGGAGAGGCGGAAGGACCUGGAGGAGGCGUUCGGGAUGUACGAGAUGGACGGGUCCGGGUGCAUCACGGCGGGCAGCCUGAAGAGGAUGCUGAGCCGGCUGGGGGAGACGAGGUCCAUCGAGGACUGCAGGGCCAUGAUCGGCGCGUUCGACCUCAACGGCGACGGCGUGCUCAGCUUCGACGAGUUCAGAGUCAUGAUGCGCUGAUUCACGCGUCGAGAUCAUUCUUUGUUUUUGUUUCUGGUAUCCUCAUUCGUUUGGCACCAUACAGUUGUAAAUUAAGUGACGAAUUUGGACAUUUUAUGUCGUAAUUGUGCGGUCUUGACUCUUGACUGGUAAAGGUAUACCACGAGACUCGCAUUGCUUAUAUUAUAUCCGAUUGGAUUUCAGAGGGAGUUCUUUAAUGCGCGUUUUAUUCCACGUUUUCGGUGGUUAUGUGUUCUUUUAAUCUUCAUUUGCCUUCUUCAAUUAAUAAUCGAGACGCACGUUCAUAAAUACUAUACAUGAAAUAUCGUGCAAGCAUUAC